AUGGCCUUUAGGAGAAGGAAGCGUGGGGAGUGGAGGAGGCGAGAUGGGAGUGGAGGAGGCGAGAUGGGAGAGGAGGGCUGGAUGGCCCUUUGGAGGAGGAAGCGAGGGGAGUGGAGGAAGCGAGGUGGGAGAGGAGGGCUGGAUGGCUCUUGGGAGGAGGAAGCGUGGGGAGUGGAGGAAGCGAGGUGGGAGAGGAGGGCUGGAUGGUCUUUAGGAGGAGGAAGCGUGGGGAGUGGAGGAGGCGAGAUGGGAGAAGAGGGCUGGAUGGCCCUUAGGAUGAGGAAGCGUGGGGAGUGGAGGAAGCGAGCGUGGGGAGAGGAGGAAGCGAGGUGGGAGAGGAGGGCUGGAUGGCCCUUAGGAGGAGGAAGCGUGGGGAGUGGAGGAAGCGAGGUGGGAGAGGAGGGAUGGAUGGCCUUUACGAGGAGGAAGCGUGGGGAGUGUAGUAGGCGAGAUGGGAGAAGAGGGCUGGAUGGCCCUUUAGAGGAGGAAGCGUGGGGAGUAGAGGAAGCGAGGUGGGAGAAGAGGGCUGGAUGGCCUUUAGGAGGAGGAAGCGUGGGGAGUGGAGGACGCGAGGUGGGAGAGGAGGGCUGGAUGGCCCUUAUGAGGAGGAAGCGUGGGGAGUGGAGGAAGCGAGGUGGGAGAGGAGGGCUGGAUGGCCCUUAUGAGGAGGAAGCGUGGGGAGUGGAGGAAGCGAGGUGGGAGAGGAGGGCUGGAUGGCCUUUAGGAGGAGGAAGCGUGGGGAGUGGAGGAGGCGAGAUGGGAGAAGAGGGCUGGAUGGCCCUUAGGAGGAGGAAGCGUGGGGAGUGGAGGAAGCGAGGUGGAAGAGGAGGGCUGGAUGGCCUUUAG